AUGAAUCAAGAAGGCGUACUUGCUUGUUGCGCCGUUUGCAAUCAACAGACACAUCGGAGAUGUGGUCGAUGUCUUAACAUUUAUUAUUGUAACACGGAACAUCAACGACAAGACUGGAAAAGACAUAAAAGUGAAUGUAUACCAAAGUUACAAAAACAGUCUUUGCGAAAAGAUAAAACUGUCGAACAUACUUCUGUCGAGGAAAAAGAACUAAAGGUAACAAACGAAGAAUAUAUUAAAAAUUCUCUGGAUAAUAAAGAAAAAAUAUUACAAGUAGGAAGUGAAUUAAGACGGCUAAAAAAAUCUAAAAAGAAGUCCGCCAAAAAGGAGGGUAUUGAGAUUGUUAGUGAUAGUAUAAAUACCUCACAAUCCGUAGAUAAUAGUGGUCAAACUGUCGAAGUUACGACUGGUGCUAAGGGAAAUUUAAAAGACAAGAGUGUAUUCUCAAGUGUAGUGUAUAGUAAUAAAGACAUUACAAAAAUUAGUGCCAUAACUCAUGAAGGAUCUUCAGAGCAACAAAUUUUAAGUGAAAAAGCUCAACAGCUUAGUUCUGUAGAUUUUGAUUCUGCAACUACUAGUAAUUUAUUAAAAGUGGUAAAUAGAACAGAUGUACAAAUGCCAGCUAUACCGAGUGAACAACCAACUAGAAUGAAAGAAUACCCAGAAGCUAUUCUAAAAGGAAGUGGAGCACCUUAUAACAAUUAUUUUCUGGACACGAGUGAUCCUAACUAUAAUAUUUGUCAGAGAGUGAUCAAGGAUAUGACUCAGUAUGGUGUGUGUGUUUUAAACAAUUUCUUGGGUAAAGAGCGUGGACUUUUAGUGCUGAAAGAAGUUUUAGACAUGUACAGAUCAGGAAUAUUCACAGCGGGCCAGCUGGUGUCCAACCCGGGCAGCACGGAGGCGCAGACGAUACGCAGCGACCGCAUCACGUGGAUCGACGGCAAGGAGUCGCAAUGCUUCCACAUAGGACAACUUAUCAGCCAAGUCGACAGUAUAAUACUGACAGCGAACAAAAUGGCCAACAACGGCGAAAUGGGCAACUACAUCAUCAACGGCAGAACGAAGGCGAUGGUGGCGUGCUACCCGGGCUCGGGCAGCCACUACGUGAAGCACGUGGACAACCCCAACAAGGACGGGCGCUGCAUCACCGCCAUAUACUACUUGAAUCUCAACUGGGACGUCAAAAGAUGCGGCGGCUUGCUCAGGGUGUUCCCGGAAGGCACUAAUCAAGUGGCAGACAUAGCGCCUAUUUUCGACAGAAUGCUCUUCUUUUGGUCAGACAGAAGAAAUCCACACGAAGUCCAGCCGGCGUACGAGACGCGAUACGCCAUCACGCUGUGGUAUUUCGACGCGCAGGAACGAGAAGAAGCGGUUAGAAAAUUCAAGCGCGGCCAGCCGUCGUCCAGCAAG